AACGCGCGUUUCUGAAAAGCGCGUUUUAAUUUCUCCUCGCUCCCCGAGCUUUGUGCGCUGGACUGUUGAUCCAACUGGACAGAGAGAGAGAAGACAGAUUGGACUUUCUUUGAAAUUCCGAAGGCCUUUCGAAAGUCUAGGACUCGUCGGUUUCGUCCCGACGACGAAAUCUUCCAUUUUCCAGGACGAUUUUGAUUUCUUAUUGUCGAUUCGAAAUCAAUAGAUGGGGAAUUUAUUCGUGAAGAAGCCGAAGAUCACGGAGGUUGAUCGGGCGAUUCUCUCUCUCAAAACCCAGAGGCGCAAGCUCGGUCAAUAUCAACAACAGCUGGAGAAAGUAAUUGAAGCCGAGAAGCAAGCUGCUAGAGAUUUGAUCCGUGAAAAGCGAAAAGACCGGGCCUUGUUAGCAUUGAAGAAGAAACGGGCACAAGAAGAAUUGCUGAAGCAAGUGGAUCAAUGGGUCAUCAAUGUUGAACAACAGUUGGCAGAUAUUGAACUUGCGAGCAAGCAGAAAGCUGUCUUUGAAAGUUUAAAGCAAGGUAACAAUGCAAUUAAGGCAAUUCAAAGUGAGAUCAACCUUGAAGAUGUUCAAAAACUCAUGGAUGACACGGAGGAGGCCAAAGCUUAUCAAGAUGAACUGAAUGCCAUAUUGGGUGAAAAACUAUCAGCGGAAGAUGAGGAGGAGAUACUAGCAGAGUUUGAGAACUUGGAAAGUCAGCUCAUUGUUGAAGACUUGCCUGAAGUGCCUAAGACAGAGGCAGUGUCUGAAGAACCCGAGAAGCUUGAUCUACCCGAUGUCCCGACCAAAGCACCAGUCCCUCCCAAUGCGGAAAUCACUCCGGCUGAAUCUUCAUCAAAGAGAAAAGUUCUUGAAGAACCAUUACCUGCUUGAUUCAAGAGAGAUGUUCCAUGGAGUCUUUCUCUCUUUCACUCCCGCAGAUGUAUGUAGCCCCUCGAUUUCCUCUUUUCCUAUUCCUGCUCGGGCUUACCAUAAAAAAAAAAUGGUUUUAACAUUCUUUUGAUACUGUGUUUCUUUUAGGGUCCUGAAGAUCUGUAUAACUUCACUCGUGCAAAUUUGUAAAGAAUGUCUUUCUCUUGGUUAUCAUAAAUAGCUGAGCUGUUUGAAUUGUUUAAAGCUGCUUUCUUAAUUGUUCCACGUCUCUCA